AAGUCAGGUUAUGUUUUGGUUGUUGUACAUUUUCCCAAUGAAUCACAGGUUUUUCUCCAGUUGAUAAUAUUGUUAUUUGAGGAUUUCUUUUAUAAAUGGAAUCAGCAAUAAAACCAGAGAAUGAAAAUAAUGAAAAAGACAACAGCUGUGAUAGGGAAAGCGUACAGUCGGAGGAAAUUGAGCCGAAAUUGAAAUAUAUGAGAAUGACAAAUGAUCUUGUUAAUAUACUUAAGAAAGAUGCUGCAAGCUGUAUUGCUGUUCAUCCUAAGUUUAUCUGUAUCGGAACACAAUUCGGUUGGAUUUACAUGCUAGACCACCAAGGCAACAGUGUACGAUAUAAAGACAAUGCUUCUCAGGGGUUCAACGCUCACACUGUCUCUGUCAACAUGAUUAGCGUCGAUGUCAACGGAGACUUUAUAGCCAGCUGCUCAGACGAUGGCAAGGUGCUGGUCCAUGGUUUCUACACUUCAGAACACAACCAGACACUCAUGUUAGGCAGACUAGUCAAGUGUGUAGCUAUCGACCCCAACUACUCCAAGCCAGGGACUGGACGUAGAUUUGUCACUGGUGACGAGCGCUUAGUCCUGCACGAGAAGACGUUCCUCUCUCGGAUCCGCUCGACCGUGUUGUUUGACAUGGGAGUGGAGGGGGGAGUGCAGAACGUACGGUGGAGUGAGGCGGGACAACACAUCGCAUGGGCCACACAGCAGGGCGUGCGAGUCUACGACAUCACCAACAAGUGCUCUCUUGGACUUGUCAAGUGGACCAAGUCUACCAAUUUUGAAGGUGAGAAGUCUCGGUGCAACCUCUGCUGGAAGGACGCCACCACUCUGCUGGUAGGCUGGGUAGACACCGUCAGGAUACUGAAUGUGCGACGUCGCACUCACACGGAGAUGGCUCUCACUCCAGACUGGCCUCAGUUUGUGGUUGAGAUCGUGCUGUCAUUCCAAACGGACUUCUUGAUCUGUGGUGUGGGACCUCUGGAUAGUCAGCUGGUUGUGCUGGGUUACUGGCGUGCAGACGACGGAGCCCAGCGGCCACAGCUACAUGUGCUGGAGCCUAGACCUGGGGACUACGGCUCAGUGUGUACUGACAAUCUUAGCCUGCGUGGUUACACGGAGUAUACCUGCAACGACUAUUUUCUUGAAUGUCUGGUGGAAGAGAAUUGCUAUCUGGUGAUGUGUCCCAAAGAUGUGGUCGUGGCGACGCCAGUCGACGCAGACGACAGAAUCAGCUGGCUUAUGGACCACUGGAAGUUUGAGGAGGCAAUGGUAGCAGUUGAGAGCAACGAGAAGGAAGUCCAACGCUACACCAAGCUGAGCAUUGGACAAGCUUAUCUGGAUCAUCUGUUGUUGCUGGAGGAAUAUGAGAAAGCUGCCCAGUUGUGCCAGAACAUCCUGGGUACAAACAAGAGACUAUGGGAGGAGGAGGUGUUUAAGUUUGCCAGAGUUCACCAGCUACGCACAGUCAGUCCUUACCUGCCUAUCCAUAGCAACUGCCUCGACCCCUACAUCUACGAGAUGGUUCUUUAUGAAUUUCUCAAAAUGGACCCUCAGGGUUUUUUGGAGAAGAUCAAGGAAUGGCCGCCGACACUGUACAAGUUGCCUGCAGUCGUCAAUGCCACCCUGGAACAUCUGUUGGUGGUCAACCAAUCAGACUUCAAGUCCACCCUGCUGGAGGCCUUGGCAUUGUUGUACUCUUACGACAAGAAAUAUGACAAGUCCCUACAGAUGUACCUCAAGCUGAAGCACAGAGGGGUGUUUGAGUUGAUUGCCAAACACAGUUUAUACAGUGUCAUCCACAGUAUGAUAGAGGAUCUGAUGGAGCUAGAUGCAGACCAGACUGUAGCGUUGUUGUUGGACCAUGUAACACCUGAUGUUGUGGUCAAGCGACUCCAACACAACAAACAGAGGCUUUAUCAGUACUUGGAUGCCCUGGACCAGAGGAAGGAUAUAAGAUCUGCAGGUAGGAAGUACCAUGGGCUACUUGUCAGUCUGUACGCAGACUUUGCCAGAGAAAAACUGCUGGCGUUGCUGCGCCGCAGUGACCACUAUCCAAUACAGGAGGCACUGACCAUCUGCAAGGAUCGCUGCUUCUACCCGGAAAUGGUCUACUUGCUAGGGAGGAUAGGCAAUACCAAGGAAGCUCUGGAGCUCAUCACACAACAGCUGGGAGAUAUAGAGCAAGCCAUAAGCUUCUGUAAGGAACAUGACGACCCUGAUCUCUGGGAGGACCUCAUCAACUGCUCUCUCAAGCGACCUGAUUUCAUAACGUUUUUACUCCAGCGAAUCGGAACUUAUAUAGACCCUCGUCUUCUAGUUCAAAGGAUAGACAACAGUCUUGCCAUUCCUGGUCUGAAGAAUUCUCUUGUAAAACUUAUGCAAGACUAUAACUUACAGGUGUCAGUACAAGAAGGUUGUAAGAAAAUAUUAGUUUCUGACUAUUUCAACUUACAUGAACGCCUUGUCUCUAUGCAGCAACGCGGAGUACUUAUUGACGAUGACUACUUCUGUGGAGCUUGUCAUAGAAAGAUAAUUGUUAAAGACACUAGUCAGACUAACAACAUAGUGAUAUUCUACUGUCAUCAUCUGUUCCAUGAGGAGUGUCUUCCUCCCUUACAAGUUGUGGUCAGCUGUGUCAUCUGCAACUCCCAAAAGAGCAACUCCAUUUUUAAUUCAGCCAUAAAGUAGUCUCUCCAGAUAUCUUUGGCUGCCACCAAGUCACCACCAUUCAUUUGUACUCAUUAAUAAACUUUAAUUGAAUAUAUUGUAUAUAAAACAUUUUUAUCUAAGAAGACAUAUUUACAGUAAAGUUACAUUAAAUAUUUGUCUAA